AUGGGCUCUUCGGACGACAGGGCUAGCAUCAUCAAGGGCGAUGCACUCAAGGUGCUGCCCGACCUCGAUCUCGACGAAGGCGACAGCAACGCCGACGAGUCCAAGGUGCCGCUAACCAGGGCCAAUAUCUACGCCGACAGCCCGCGCGAAGUCCAAUUGAGCGAUGGCAUCAGCGAGCAGGAGAUCCUGCUCCGUAAGCGCGUCGGAAUCACCUUUGUGAUGGGACUUAUCCUCGCCAGCGCCAUCUGCGUCAUGCUCUUGGGCGUCCUAGGACACGAAGAGAACUACGGCUCAACGCCGGCUAUCCAACAUCACUUCAUCGCUGCAACUUCAGCCGACGGAUUCCUGAAGAACCUCGAGUUCUACACCGACGUCACCCGACACACCGGUAGCAGCGGCGACUAUGAGAUGGCGCAGUUCAUCCGCUCAAGUGCCAUCGACUUCGGCUUUGAAGAGGAUUCGGUCAAGCUUGACGAGUUUGAAAUGUUCGUCAACGCGCCGGAGACGCUCACGGUCGAGAUCCUCAAGAAGUCGAACAACAAGUCGCUGGCCUCGUACGACUUCAUCGCCGAGCACGCUGCUCGUCAGGCCAAACGCCAGGCGAAGGGCAAGAACAUCAACAAACCGCACGCGGCCUUCCACUUGUACUCCAAGAACGGCACCGCGACAGGAGGUGUCGUGUACGCGCACUUCGGCUCCUCCGAGGACUACCAAGCUCUGGCACAGAACAACGUUUCUGUGGCUGGCAAGAUCGUGCUGGUUCGCAUGGGCGGCGACGUCUCUCUUCCUGCCAAAGUCGUCUUGGCCUCCAAGUUCGGUGCAGUCGGCGUGCUCACUUACACUGAUCCUGCCGACGACGGCUCUGCUCGAGGCCCCAUAGCGCCCGAUGGUCCGUGGCGUCCAAGCACCACGACAACCUUCGGCAGCGUCUACAUGGGGGACGGUGAUCCGACCAUGCCCGAAGGGUUCUCUGCUACUCGCCCCAUGGGCACCAACGCCGACCGCAUCUCGGUUGAGGACGUCUACUCCGUCAACAACACCUUCAACAUUCUCCCGCCCAUUGUCAGCAUGCCGAUCAGCGCCGCUGUAGCUCAAGACUUGCUCACCAAGAUGGAAGCCGCUGCUAACAAGGUGUCAGGCAUCAAGACUGUGAAAGCCGCGGACGUCUUCGGGUCGCGUUGGGAGGGUGGCGCUCUGGGCGUUCAGUACUCGCUUGUCGUGGAGAAUGACAGCUCGUCCUCGGCAGCAAUGGGGACCGUCAUCAGAAUGACCAACCGUAACGUGUACUCGCUCACCACGACGUGGAAUGUCAUGAUCACGCUGCAUGGAUCUCGCGAACCGGAUCGCCAUGUGCUUGUUGGUGCCCCUCGUGACUCUCUCAACGCUGGUGCUGUCAGCCCAGGAUCUGGCAACGCCGUCUUUCUGGAGGUCGUACGAGCGCUGGGAACACUACUGCAGAAUGGAUGGACGCCGCACCGCUCGCUGGUUCUCGCUUCGUUUGGCGGCGAACAAUUCGGCUCGGUCGGUAGCUCGCACUGGAUCGACCGAUACCCUGGCUUCGGCAGUGGAAACGCUGGACGCGGUGUUGUGUAUCUGCACUUGGACGAUGUGGUGCGUGGUGCCGGUGCGCUUCGUUGCAAGGCGUCGGCUACGAUCCGCAAGAACAUCUACCUCAUGACGGCUGCCGUCGCCCAGCCGAAGAAGCAAAACUUCCCUGACGUUGACAGCUUCUUCUUCACCAACGCAUCGAGCACUAACGCUGUAGCCGCCGGAAGCUCCAGCAGAGAUGAGGACGACCUCGACAUGCUGCCGAUCAACGCGACCUUCACAAAUGACGAGCUCCCGGAGGGCAGCGGCAACUCCGUGUUCGCGUACUGGCUCGACGACGCCAACAAGAAGAACCCCGGCGGCGUCGAGUUGGAGCUCCCACCCAUGGACCGCUAUCUUGGCGGACGUAUUCCACCAUUCAUGGGUCGACUGGGCAUCCCGUCUCUUGAGCUUGGCUUUGACGGAGGAUACUUCGGCGUAGGACAGACCAGUGCCGAUAUUCCCGCGUGGAUCUCGCACUUUGCUGAUCCUCAGUUCGCGUUCCACCGUGCCGCUGCAGAGCUGUACGGAAGUAUCCUUCUGUCCUUCACCGACGCGCAGUUUCUGCAGUACGACUUCACCGAGCUGUCACGCGAACUUCGUCGUGGUGAAGCAUUCCUGGAAGACGCUCUUGCUCGCGAGGGCCUGGCCGAGACGGUGUCACUUGCUCGCCUGCACAACGCCACCACCGCAUUCGAAGCUGCUGCCAUCAGCGUCAGCCACGAGAUGAACGUCAUCUCCAACGAAGAGCUCGACUUCAGCCGAGUCAGGGAAGUCAACAACCGCCUGCUUCGCGCUCAGCGUGCUUUCCUGCUGCCGUCGGGCCUCACGUACAUCCCUUGGGUCAAGAACGUUCUGUACGGCAUUUCCGAGUGGGAUGACUACCGCGUGGGCCUGUUCCCGGGCGUCACCAACGAACUCAAGCGUGGCAACGCCAUGACUGUGCGUCGGGAGCUUGUGAGACUCUGCCUCACGAUUGAAGCUGCCACCGACAUCCUCUUGGACGCUCCCGAUGAGGAGUAA